GCCCUUUUAUCAGGAUUAUGCGAAAUGAUCUGCAUCCCUUGGCUUAUCCAGUACCACGACCGCACUGCCUUGAUGACGACCAUUCCCUCCGAUGGUGCCUUGGCUUUCGCCAGAGCUGUCGUUGCAGUUUCUCCCAGCCGACCUCGAUGCUACUAUGGCCUUCCUCGGGGCAAAAGAGCUAUUCCACGUUCCAUUCCUUUAACCCCUCGUCUCGCUUUCAGGUUAGGGAAUGUGGCAAACUUCCAUGCAAAGCACAGGAUACCACUAAUUUUCUCUUUGGACAAUUCAAACGCAGAAGCUACUACCAAAACUAAUGCUGAUGGCCCACCAUUUCUCACGAUCUUGGCUGGUCUCUUGAUCUUCCUGCUCAUCUGUUGGCUUGUUGGCUCAAUAGUCAUGUGGCUUGUUGGUCUGAUCACAAACCAACCUUCCUAAGAUAAUGCUUCUUUCUGUCUUUUUCUUCAUGUAAUUGCAAAUUUGUGGAGCUUAUCUUUAUCUGACUAGGUUGGCAGGAUGUUAAGUUUCUAAUUUGUUCAGACCACUUAUAAGAUAAAGAGUCAGUUUAGGUCUAUGUUAAUAGCGUGAUGUCUCAGUAGGUAUGGCCUUAAUCCUUCUUAAAGUAGUUGAUAUUUAUUGGGUUUGUUCUGUAGAUUUGUUUAAAAAUCUUAAGACAAACUUUUAUCCUCCCUUUUCUCCAUCAAUGUUUUGGUCGUCAAUUUUGCAGCUCUUAGAUAUAAAUCAUAUAAUAGCUUGAGUUUUUUGCUGGGCAUUUUUCCAAUA